UUUCUGGUGUUCAUUUCUUGGGAGGGGCUUGGUUUCACUUUGUCAGUUCUAUUAUAAAACGAGUACAAUGAGUUCUGACAAAAAGGAAAAGUCUAGAUUAGAUAUUGCUCGUGAAACCUGGAAUGAUUUUCUAUUGUUUUUGUACAACAAGGAUGAAGGCACUGUAUUAGGCAGAAAUGGAAAUAGCUGGUCAAAAAUUCUCGUGUUCUACAUGUUCUACUACGGAUUUCUGGCAUGUCUCUUCGCAGCAUCUAUCAGCAUUGUCCUCAGUACACUGAGUGAUUACACUCCCAAAUACCAGACGAGACUGCAGACCCCUGGUGUUGCGAUUCAACCCAAAACUCCGUCCGAUAUCGAACAGACUAGCAACAUCAAAUACAAUCUGAAGAAUUAUCAAGAUAAUGCCGGCUACCAGCGUUUGACACUUCAGAUGGAAAAAUUCCUUUAUCCAUAUGCAACAGUGAAUCAAACAAAUAAUGAAGUAUUCCAAGAUUGCAUUAUGACCCAACCACCUUCCACCAACCAAAAUUUUGAAAAAGAUCAAAUCGCUAAGUCCUGUCGAUUUGACAUAACUAAAUUGGGACCAUGUUCCGUGAAACCAUAUGGAUACGACAAAGGCCAACCAUGCAUCUUUGUAAAAGUCAACAGGAUCAUUGGAUGGUACCCUGUCGGAUACACUAAUCUUUCAAGAGCCGUAGGUAAUUCACAGUCUGAUGCACCACCUCUUUCUGAUGUACUUGCUACUUAUGGACAGUCAUAUCAACCAUAUCUCAUGUACACCCAUUGCUAUGGUGAUGAACAGGAGGACAAAGAUAAGUUGGGAGGAACACUCGACACAAAGUACUUUCCAACACAUAUGGGCAUUCCAUUUGUGUAUUUCCCAUAUGCAGGAAAGAAACGUCAACCUGGAUACAUUAAUCCUAUUGUGGCUGUUCAGUUCACAAAUGUUACGAAAAAUGUUGACAUCACCAUCAAAUGCAAGGUGUAUGCUCUUAACAUUCGUGACAACAAGGAAAUGGGUGAAGGCUACUUUAAAUUUGACAUGAGAAUCGACGACAAAGAAUAGCUGUUUAUGUAACAUUUCAUACCUUCAUAUCACUACUCAGUGUAAAACUUUGAUUCACCAAGUCAAUAUAAGAGAAACAAUUCUUUUUGCCAUGUUAUUUUGAAAAACCAUACAAACCUGGGUAUUACCAUCUAAUAGUUUCAGAACCUUUAAAACUUUGCUAUGUUGAGGGACAAUCUUGCAUUUUAUUACUAACACUGAGUGAGUGGUGUGAUUGUUAAACCAUUUAUGAUAUGUGUUAAUGUUACUUCAUGUUUUGUUUGGGUUUUACACUGCAGUUCACAAUAUUUUACUAAAAAUCGAAUUUUUAAGAAGCGCCGCGGUUGUCAAUAUAUAAUCCUAGUUAAUUAUUAUUACUAUUGUAUUCACUGGAGCAACCGUUGUUUUUUUGUAAUUGUCAACAUUUGUCUUCAAUAAAAUAUGACCGGUUGAAAUUUA